CUAUGGAACCAAAAAAAUAGUAACUAAAUAUAAUUAAUAACGGAUAACCGUAGUCGCUGGUGGAUGAGCGAAGCAACAAAGGUUCAAGAAUGGCAACGUUACAGUGCAACUGCAAUUCUAUUGCGCUGAACAAACCCUGCUACCCCACACAAAGAAGACUCUUAUUGCAACCCUUUUCUUCAUCUACCCGCUUGGUUUCAAGAACUUCAAUCUGCACUAGUUACAAGGCCUCAACUUCAAGGUGGCGUAGUGUUGUUUCUGCUGUUGUCUCAGAAGAGAACGCUGUUGGCUCUACUUUCUCUCCAGCUGAUGUCUUCAAACUCACAUAUUUAGAGGGAAACAGUUGGCUCUGGAAUGUGGGUGGGACAAACAUAUUGGUUGAUCCAAUUUUGGUUGGUAACUUGGAUUUUGGAAUUCCUUGGCUAUAUGAUGCUGCUAAGAAAGUGUUAAAGCAAUUCCAGCUCAGUGAUCUUCCGGAAAUCAGUUGCUUACUCAUUACUCAAAGCCUUGAUGAUCACUGCCACUUGAAGACCUUAAAGCCCUUCUCUCAGAAAUUCCCAAAUAUUAAAGUUAUAGCAACCCCUAAUGCCAAAGGCUUGUUGGAUCCUCUUUUCAGAAAUGUUACGUAUUUAGAACCUGGGCAGAGCUCUGAUGUUGAAACAAAUUAUGGUUCCAAGAUCAAUAUUAAGGCUACAGCAGGACCAGUUCUUGGACCUCCUUGGCAACGUCCUGAGAAUGGGUAUCUUGUUACAUCCCCCCAAGGUCAAUUGUCUCUCUACUACGAACCCCACUGUGUAUAUAAUCAAAGUUACAUUGAGAAGGAAAAGGCAGAUAUUGUAAUAACGCCAGUCAUAAAACAGCUUUUGCCCAAUUUUACCUUGGUUUCUGGACAAGAAGAUGCAGUGAAACUUGCAAAGCUGCUUCAAGCCAAGUUCAUUGUGCCAAUGAAAAAUGGAGACCUGGAUAGCAAAGGGCUUCUUGCCAGCUUAGUUAGUGGUGAAGGAUCAGUCGAAUCAUUCAAGGAACUUUUAUCAAAAGAAUUACCAAAUGCAAAGGUUGUAGAACCUACUCCAGGAGUACCAGUGGAAAUUUCAGCAAAUUAAAGUUUUAGUAAUUCUGGUCCCCAUUCCCCUCUCUUCAUUUUUGUAUUUGGGACCAAAUGGAACAACACUUUUUUCAGGCAAAGGAUACAUUAUUUCAUCCCAGUGAUUACUUCUUCCCAUUUAUAUGUGUUACAUGUUGAAGAUACUAUGUACUUGCUGAUUUGAUUGGGAUAUAUAUAUCCAAGUGGUUUAUUACUAUAUC